AUGGGCUCUUUUGUUUUAGCUGUACACAUUUCUCUUGCACCUCACCAAGGCCCGACUGCAUCUCCGGUAAGGUGGAGUCGGAAAGGGCCUCUUCCUUUGCCUGCAUUUCCACACAAUCAUUUAAAAGGGCCUUCCCAUUCGCCUAAUGUUUCUCCAACGAGCUCCCCUGCAGUGAGCAACGUGAAAUCUCUACCACCAUUACCAAGCAUGGCACUCCCACCUCCUCCUCCCAAUAAAGGAUGUGUAUCUGUCACGUGCACUGAACCGCUGACAUUCACUCCACCCGGAGCAACGUGUGCCUGUGUUUGGCCUAUUCAAGUCAGGCUCCAAUUCAGCAUCUCUCUGUAUGCAUUUUUCCCAAUGGUGUCCGAGCUUGGUGAGCAAAUUGCUGAGGCUGUCGCGUUGAAUCAAUCUCAAGUUCGUAUAAUGGGAGCAGACGCAGCGGAUCCAGAGCUACAGAAAACCACUGUACUCAUCAAUUUAGUACCUCUAUCCGAGGCAUUCACAUCUGCUACCGCCUUCUCGAUUUACAAAAAGUUCUGGAGCAAAGAGCUCUCCAUCAACACUUCCACUUUUGGUGCUUAUGAUGUGCUCUAUGUUCACUAUCCAGGCCUACCUCCAUCUCCACCAGCAUGGCCGUCUACCUCUGCUACAGUCGACGUGCAGCCUUAUCCUCGCGGAGGGGAUGGCACCGGCCCGAUAAAGCCUCUGGGAGUAGACGUGCCGAAGGGGAGGAAAAACAAGUCAGGCAAAAACAUGAUCAUUGUAAUUGUUCUAUCAUCUGUCACAGCUUUUGUAGUGUGUAUGGGAUUUAUGUUACUGAUUCUAUCAAAAUGGCGCAACGGCAUUUUCCAACGCGGACAAAGUCAUCAGCAAGGGCUAAUUUCACAGGAUGGAAAGCAGCAGUCAGGUGGUGGCGGGCGAAUGCUGACGUUGAGGAGCAGGCCGAGCUCAGCCUCAGUGUCGUUGAGCUCGAGCCUCAUUGCAUACACAGGGGCCUCUAAAGUCUUUAGCAUUGAGGAUUUGGAGAGGGCCACAGAUAACUUUGAUGGUUCAAGGAUUGUAGGGGAAGGAGGCUUUGGGCUCGUAUACGGUGGCACUCUUGACGAUGGGAGGAAAGUGGCUGUGAAAGUUCUCAAGAGAGACGACAAGCAAGGCAGCCGCGAGUUUCUUGCAGAAGUCGAGAUGCUAGGCAGGCUCCACCACAGGAACUUGGUGAAGCUGAUAGGCAUAUGCCCUGAUGAGCACUCUAGAUGCCUAGUCUACGAGCUCGUCCCCAACGGGAGCCUCGAGUCUCAUUUACAUGGGGUAGAUAAGGAGAUUGCUCCUCUUGAUUGGGCAGCUAGGAUGAAAAUCGCCCUCGGUGCAGCCAGGGGUCUGGCCUAUUUGCACGAGGACUCGAGCCCACGUGUCAUACACCGCGACUUCAAGUCAAGUAACAUCUUGCUUGAGCAUGACUACACAGCCAAAGUCUCUGAUUUUGGCUUGGCUAGAUCAGCCAUGGAUGAAGCAAACAAGCAUGUUUCAACUCAUGUGAUGGGAACUUUUGGAUACUUAGCUCCGGAAUACGCGAUGACGGGCCAUCUCCUAGUCAAGAGCGACGUCUACAGCUAUGGCGUGGUUCUCCUCGAGCUCCUAACCGGGAGAAAGCCUGUCGAUUUGUCACAGCCCUCAGGCCAGGAGAAUCUAGUGGCUUGGGCCCGGCCUCUCCUUGCAACGAGCGAAGGCCUUGAAACGAUCAUCGAUCCAUCUCUAAAACCAGCUGUGAGGUUGGACAGUGUGGCCAGAGUUGCAGCCAUAGCAUCAAUGUGUGUCCAGCCUGAGGUCUCCCAUCGCCCCUUCAUGGGGGAAGUUGUCCAGGCUCUGAAGCUCGUGUGCAACGAGCUCGAUGAAACGAAGGAGGUCAUGUCCAGAAGUGCCAGCCGAGAUGACCUCUCCAUUGAGGCGGAUGACCAAUGUGAGUUGAACGUUGGGGCGAAGGUGGAGCUGUCGGGUGUGGAUUUGUCGAGCGCAUCGGCUGCUGUUCGAGGCCGGGAAUCGGAGUCGUUUAGGAGGGUGUUUAACUCUGCUCCUUUGAAGAUGGAAAGGAAGAGGAGAUUUUGGGAGAGGCUGAGGAGAGUGUCAAGAGGGAGCAUGAGUGAGCAUGAGUAUUCAUUGCAACCAUAGUUUAUGAUGUUAAUGUUUAAUCAGUCAAACAGUUAUCAGUUAACCGAUAAUCGAAUCGAAUAAAAUUGGUUAUUGAUUAAUCGAUAACCAAUUUUUUUGAUUUCAA